UUUUUUUUUACUCUUCGAUCUCCUUACUCCUCCGUUCCAAUCUUCGUGGUCCUCGACAAAGCAAAAUAGUCCAAAUAGGACAAAGAAAACUUGAGAGGCAACUCAGUCUACUUCAACCCAGCACAGACGACAAAACGGGUUCCACUGGUAGACUCCCGCAGGAACGUCACCCCCCUCUCACGCGCACCACCACAAAGAAGACCCAAGGGAUAAACCACUCGCUCCUUGGCUCCUAUACAUAAGGAGUUUCGGUAACCGGUCUUGACUCUGUCGACUCUGCAUAUUCGUAUACGUUACAUACGAGUAAUGUCAAUCGUCCUUAGCGCGAACAGCUCCAGUCAACUUUGAGAGAGUGUGUAUGUGUGUGUACGGUUCUUGACUGCAUCCCGUCACGUCGUACAAGCGCCUUCCUAUCCCUAAGCUUAUCCCCUUCCAUUCGAUUCUCGCCAGCUUGGAUGCCUGGCUUCCCUUCUUAUACUCCUUUACCCUCGUAGUUCCUUGCCAUCGCAACCUACAUUACUCUUCCCUUCAUACCAUUGUGACUCCUCGUUUCGCUUGCUUCCUCCAUUCAUUACACAUCAUGGCGAAUUCACAAGAGCUCCUGGAUGCCCCAGAUGGGUCCGCAUUGACCUGGAUCUUUGACCACUGUCUUCGUUACCCUGGUACUUACGAACUUCCAUUACGCACUAUGUAUGCAUUGAACUGCAACCCAACGAGACAGCCGCCGCCCACCAACCGUGCUCCCGAGACAGCUUUCUGCGAGCGCCCGUCCCACUCGCCAAAGUCUUCAGUGUCGUCCCAGGACGAUGCUUUGGAUCGUGCCGCCGAUUUUAGGGCAUUGCUCACCCAUCAGAUCUCCCGAUUGCCGUCACAGCCAUGCUCUCUGCCUCCCAGCUUUGUGACCUCCUUUCUGCGUCGCUGUUUCACCCCGGAGUUGGGUGACGUUGACUUUCCUCAGGCGUUGACUGGUCUUGAUUAUCUCAGAGAUCUAGAGAUUCGUCGAAGGAAGGAGGUGAAAGCGGCCCUGGACCGUUUGCAGAUCAAGCCGGACGAUCUCAAGGAGAAAGAGGAGCUUGGAAAGAAAUGGCCCAAUGUCUUGACCUGGAUCGAGUCCAACUGCGCCAAAAACCGCACUGCUGAGGCACUCUAUACCCAAGUCUAUAUUGGCCUACGCCGCUGGACCCUGAUCAAUGAGAUGCUGCUCGAACCACACAACAAGGCCAAUUGUAUUGCCAUGCUUAACACUCUAUUCCCACCCAUCACGGCUGCAACCGUCAACCCUACGCCACAGUUGACUGCUAAGAUUCUCAAGUCCCAACGGGAUGGCUUCUUCCGGUACAUUGCGGCCUUCGAUAAGCCCAAUGGAAAAGAGAUCCUCCAGAAGGUCAUUACGCAGGGAGCACCGGAGGGAGAGGAGACGGGAUGGCCGCUAGUGCGGGACGCUUUGGAUAGGUACCUUCGGCUUACCAACGAAAUCAUCGAUGACUGUGCCAUGGUCAAUGAUCAGAGCAGUCUCGAGGUGGUUGUGGAGGCGGAGUCUCAACCCCGUCGGAAGGUGGAUUCGGGCAUCAGCUUCGGCUCGGCAGACAAGUUCCACGCCCCAUCUGUUCACAGCAGCAACAGCUCCGAAGAAAUCCUAGACAAACCCUUGCCACCGGCCCCGAAACAAGCUCACCAGAAAACGGGUGGAUCUGCAUUGGAGCGGCUAACACGAGAGCUGCGAAAACUCAGCGACGCUGGAAAGGUCAAGAGCCUCAAGAAAAUGAAGUCCUCGGGCGCUCUCGCUAUGCGACCGGAAAAUAUUCCCAGCCACACUCCUGAUAACUCAUCCUUCUUCGAGAUCGAUGACCAGAAACGAAAGCGUCUGAUUUGGGAAGCUACUAGCCGCAAAAGGGCUCAUAGCAAACAGCCCAGCAACGACUCACAUUGACUGUGAUUCGAUUUCAUUCGAUUGAUUGUACAGUUAUGACACCAUAUUUAUUUUUUUCCCCCCUACUAAAAAGCAGGCAAGACAAAAGCUGAUGUUCUACCAUUGGGGUUGUAAUAGAGUUGGCCGUUUGAUUUGUCUCUGUGAUUUAUCUUGUUACUUUCGGGUUGGGAGCGCAAUUGCUAGCUAUUGGCGUCUUUGUUCGGUUUUUCGGCAUACAAGAGGAAUUGGCGUGGUAUUUGUUUCUCUUUUUCUUUUCUUUUCUUUUAUUUUCCACAUUGGGAGUUUUGAGCAUGGUGGAUUUAUGUCUCCCAGGUUAAACAGGAGAACCUCAACAACAGCAAAAGAUAAAAUGGCUAGAGAAAAGCCUUGAUGAAUGUUACUAGAUGAUGAUGAUUUUACGAAUUGAUAUCUGUUGUUAGUUAAUCUUAGAACUGUUGUAGCUCAUGUUUGGAUUUGUGUAGAUAAUAACGUAUUUCACCGGUGAGCGGGCCACACCAACGAGCGGGCCACC